GCAUUUUAAGGUCAUGGCUACGGUCAAGGUAACAUAGAGCGUCAAAAUGGCGGACGAAUCAGAUGUUCCACCUUUAGAGGACAUGACAGAUACUCUGAGAAAAGCAGAAGCAAUAAGAACUGGCCUCACAGGUGAAGUCCUCAAAAACAAACCAGCAGCUCCAAAAGACAGAGCUAAAGUGAGAAAAAACAUUACUGCCCGUGUUAUUCAGCCAGAAAAUUUAGGAGAUGGGAAUGUAUCAAAUGCUCAAAAGGUAACUUCUAGCAGAAUAGAAGAGAUCGAAUCAGCUCAAUCUUCAGCAGGAGACAACUCAGUUGUACAUAAACCUUCAACAGAAAACAGCACAGGAGUGAAGAAACCUUCAACAGAAGACAGUACAGCAGUAAUUAAACCUUCAGCAGGAGACAGCAACACAGCAGUAAACAAACCUUCAUCAGGGUUAUUUGGUGGGAUGAAGAAAGGUUUCUUGUUUGGUGGCCCCUCAAAAGUCAGUAAACCAUCAACAAUUGCAAGCAAGACGGGUGAUUCUUCUGCUCCCAAAACUAAGGCUAGCCCAGUUGAACAGGAUGAUACAAUUCCUUUUGUGAGACCCACAGGUAGCUCAAGUCUCACCCUAGAGGAGGUACAGCAAGCCAUGUCUGAAACAAAAGGUCUCUUAGACAACCAAGAUUGGAUCACUGAUGAUUUGCUAAGUAAAGUGGAGAAAAAUGAAUUUCUUCUCAAGAGAUUUGCUGAUCCAACUUUUAUGAAUGCGUUACAUGAAUUUCAAACUAAUCCUGUAGCAGCGAUGGAAAAAUAUAAGAGCAACAAAGAAGUUGAGAAAUUUUUAAUGGAGUUUUGUGGUCUUUUGGGUGAUCACUUCACCAACAUGACGAGCUCACCCAGUCCACAGUCCAAUCAAAUCCCACAACCAAAGCCACAGCAGCCUCAGAACAACAGCAAACCUAAAAUAAUUGAAAUUACAGAAGCUAACCAAACAAAAGUUCCAACGCCAAAAAAACCUGUGGAGACUAAAGAACAGACCACCUCCCUUCCAGCUUUAAACCUGCCCAACAAAGGUGUGAAAGACAGCCAUAUCAAUGUGGAGACACAACCUGCCUACCAGGCUGAAAUAACCCAGGUUCCACCCAUUGAUGAUGCAGAAGUCAAAGAACUUUUAAAAGACCCAAAAACAAUGGAGAUUUUAUUGGAUCCAAAAGUCAUGCAAUUAAUUCAGCUUCUAAAGCAAGAUCCAGAGAAGGCACGGAGCAUGGUUGAAAAAGCUGAUGGAGAUUUACGAGACAAAAUCAGUUUUCUUGUUGGAAAAAGAUUGCUACAGUUUCAAAUAUAUUAGCCAUUAUUUAAUGCUUGUGAGAUUGUGUGAUGUAUGACUGUAGCUACUGGAUACAUUUGGUAAUGACUGC